GUGCCUCUCUGGUACAGAGGGCACUGGGCAAACGUUCACCAAAACGACACUCGAGCCAUGGUCGCCACCGUGCAGCCAGAACUCGCCGAAGAUACCUCGCCACCUCCCCGCAAGCGUGUCCGCGUCGAACACGACACAAAACCGGGCGGGCAGGAGCCGCGCCUCUUUGCGCCCUUUCGUGCGCUCGGCCUAAUCACGAAUCACGUCCCGUUCGUCCUUCAGACACGAUCCUACAAGGGCCAGACUGAAGGCCCGAGUAUUCACCUGGUGACAUGCCUUGGGAAGGCAUGGGCGAUGUGGGAGGGAGGGAAAAUGACGCUGCAGUUUGUAGGACCUGAUGCCCAGGAGCCUAUAUCAUGCUUGGCCAUGGAAGGCAAGGCCGUAUGGGCUGCAGCUGGGCCUGAUGUUAUUAAAUAUUUUCGUGGCAAAGAGGUUACACGAGUAUCUAACCCCCUUGGCUCAGCACUAUCAUUCAUCCUCAUUUUUGGCACCCAGCUACUUGCAUUGACGGAAGAUGGAAAGAGGAUGCUCACUUGGGAUACUGAUGAGCUUGCUCUGCAGUCUACUAUUGAAUUCGAACCAGGCUUCACUGCGACAUCCAUCCUCCAUCCCGCCACCUACCUGAACAAAGUGCUAGUCGGAAGCAGUCAAGGGAAUAUGCAGCUGUGGAACACCCGGACACAAACGUGCAUCCACAAAUUUUCGUCCGCCUCCCUCCUCACAUCGCCCUCGGGAAGCCAAGAUGGCUCUCCUGUUGCCAUCACAGCACUCGCCCAAUCACCCGCUAUUGACGUAGUCGGCAUUGGCUUUGCUUCCGGCGAGAUCUCCGUCUACGACGUCCGCAUGGAUGAGCGUCUUCUCCGUAUGAAAAUGCAAGAUGGCGCCGUUCGGGCUCUCAGCUUCAGGACGGACGGACACCCGAUCCUUGCCUCAGCUUCUGCGAAUGGGCAUGUCGCGUUGUGGGACCUGGACGCGGGUGGCAGGCUGCUGCAUAUAGUGCGCGGCGCCCAUGACGGUGCCGUCACUGCCGUGCAGUGGGUGCCAGGUCAGCCUUUACUAAUCACUUCCGGAGAGGACAACAGUGUCAAGCAAUGGCUCUUCGACUCACCAACCGCUGCCCCACGUCUCCUCAAAUUCCGCUCGGGCCAUCACGCACCCCCGCACCUUAUCCGCUACUACGGCGAUGACGGCAAGCAGUUGCUCACGGCCUCGCGCGACCGUAGCCUGCGCUGCACGUCCGUCGUGCGCGACUCGCGCUCGUUCGAGCUCUCGCAGGGCUCGCUCGCGAAGAAGGCGACGAGCCUGUCCGUGCCCGUCGCGUCACUCAAGUUCCCGCCGGUGACCGCGCUCGCGUACAGCGCGGCGCGCGCCAAGGACUGGGACGACAUCCUCACGGGCCACGCGGACGAGACCUUUGCGCGUACGUGGACGAUGCGCGACAAGCGGCUUGGCAAGCACACGUUCAGCGUCGCGCCCAAGAGCAAGAAGGGCGCGUCUGUCGGGAGCGUCAAGGCCGUGUGCGUGUCGGCGUGUGGUAAUUUUGGCAUCGCGGCGUCGAGCACGGGCGUGAUACAUAUGUAUAACGUACAAUCUGGGAUCAAAAGGAAGGCGUUUGACGUUGGGUCUGCGCCGGAGCCGAGGUGUGUGAAUGGACUAGCGAGUGAUGCGUUGAACAGGGCUGUUAUCGCAAGUACACUGGACGGAACGAUAAAUUUCUUCGAUUUCCACACUGCCGAGCUGCAGCACACUCUUGUGCUAUCAUCGUCUGCAGUAUCAAUCACGCUACACCGCGAUAGUGGGCUAUUAGCCGUCAUUUGUGACGAUCUUGUUGUGCGCAUUAUUGACAUCGAGACGCGACGGAUCGUCCGUGAGCUUAGCGGAUUCCGUAGCCGAGUCUUGGAUGUUACCUUCUCUCCAGAUGCACGAUGGCUGAUCACAACAUCUCUGGACUCCAUCAUCCGCACAUUUGACGUACCCACCGGCCGCCUCAUUGAUGCCUUCCGGACUUCCAGCGUCGCGACAAGCGUGUCUUUCUCGCCGACAAACGACUUCCUGGCGACAUCACACGUCGACAGCGUUGGUGUCUAUCUAUGGGCGAACCGCGCACAAUAUUCGAACGUGACCUUUCAUGGUAUCAUGGACGACAAGGUCGCCGAGGUCGCACUGCCAUCCGUGCAGGGCGAGGCAGAGGAGGAGGCACUUGACGCGCUGUCCGCGUUGACGGUGAACGAUAGCGUGCCACCUGACGUCUUCGUGACGCCGCCGCAGCUCGACGGCGAGCUCGUCACGCUCACGCUCCUCCCGCGCAGCCGCUGGCAGACGCUCUUGAACCUCGAGGUCAUCACGCAGCGGAACAAGCCUAAGGAGCCGCCCAAACCGCCCGAGAGGGCGCCGUUCUUCCUGCCAACGCUGCCCGGCGUCGAGCACCGUUUCGACGUGACUCAGGCGGAGCGGAAGGAGACGAAGAAGCCGACACGAAGGCUCGAGAAGGCGGCAGCCGCCACGGAGAGCAUGUUCUUCCAGAAGCUGAAGGCGGAGGACGAGGGUGGGGAUUACGAAGCCUUCUACUCGUACGUGAAGACCCUCUCGCCGGCGGCGCUUGACCUCGAAAUCCGCUCACUUGCCUCGCUCGACGCGCAACGGCUCUUCCUAUGUGCGCUCGUCCAGCGACUGCACUCGCACCGCGACUUCGAGAUGGUGCAGGCGUUCGAGAACGUUUUCCUGCGCGUGCACGGAGACGUGCUCGUCGCAAAUCCGGAGCUGCACGAGGAGCUCGAGCGCCUGGCAGAGGUGCAAAAGAGGGAGAGCGAGCGCAUCAUGGAGCUCCUUGCAUCGAGCCUUGGUACACUCGCGUUUGUGCGCGAUACAAUGUAGCCGUGCUUUUGGUGAUUUCGGGGAAGAUCUAAAAUGCAUAUUAUUAUGUGCUUCAUUCCAAUAUGUUGUGUUGUGCUUAGAGUAAAUAGCUGGGAUCUUAAGCAUGCGGACAAGGAGUUGGCCCACAUACCAUCUACUUGCAUCUGGUCUUCAACUCUAGACGGUAAAAUCACGACCUUCACAGUUGGAAGUGGCUGCGUAAUCUAGAUCUGUGACCGCUAAAAUCGUUCGACACCUCGCAUCGC